AGCCCGGGUUGGUCCCUGGGCUUCUGGCAAGGCAAAUGAAGUAGCGCUUGGGAGCUGCUACCCGAAGCAUCAUCCUCCUCCUCCAGAGCGGCGGCGGAGGCGGAGGGAGGAAGGCAGGCAGGAGGAGGAGGAGGAGGGCAGGAGGAGACGGCGGCGCCUGCUGCUCUUGCAGCCGCUCCUCCGACUGAAGCCGGGAGAAGUGCGGCGGGAGAGAGGCAGGCAGCCGGCAGCAUUCCCUCUGCCUCCCUCCUCCAGCGCCACCCCCCUCCCCAUCCACGCCGGGACAAAGCCAUGAAGCCGGCGCUGCUGGAAGUAAUGAGGAUGAACCGGAUUUGUCGGAUGGUGCUGGUCACUUGCUUGGGAUCCUUCGCCCUGGUCAUCUUCUAUUUCCAAAGUAUGUUGCAUCCAGUAAUACGUAGGAAUCCAUUUGGGAUGGACAUCUGUUGCCGGAAGGGGUCACGAAGUCCCCUGCAGGAACUCUACAACCCAACCCAGUUGGAAUUAUCCAGCACUGCAAUCCUUCAUCAGAUUCGAAGGGAUCAAGUCACAGACACAUGCCGAGCCAAUAGUAUGUCCAGCAGGAAGCGUCGUGUCCUGACACCCAAUGAUCUCAAACAUUUGGUGGUUGAUGAGGAUCAUGAAUUGAUAUAUUGCUAUGUACCCAAAGUGGCCUGUACCAAUUGGAAGAGAGUUAUGAUGGUCUUGACUGGGAGGGGUAAAUACAGCGAUCCAAUGGAGAUACCGGCUAACGAAGCUCAUGUCUCUUCAAACCUGAAGACGCUCAACCAAUACAGCAUCCCAGAGAUCAACCACCGCUUGAAAAACUACAUGAAAUUUCUCUUUGUCCGUGAGCCUUUUGAGAGAUUGGUGUCAGCCUAUCGAAACAAAUUCACCCAGAAAUACAACACUUCCUUUCACAAGAGAUACGGUACCAAAAUCAUCAAACGCCAAAGGAAAAAUGCAACCCAAGAGGCCCUUCAUAAAGGAGAUGAUGUGAAAUUUGAGGAGUUUGUGGCUUAUCUCAUAGACCCACACACCCAAAGGGAAGAGCCAUUCAAUGAACACUGGCAAACGGUCUACUCUCUGUGUCAUCCUUGCCAUAUCCAUUACGACCUUAUAGGGAAAUAUGAGACACUCGAAGAGGAUUCCAACUACAUCCUUCAACUUGCAGGAGUAGGAAACUUUCUCAAGUUUCCCACCUAUGCAAAAUCUACAAGAACUACUGAUGAAAUGACCACAGAGUUCUUCCAAAACAUCAGCUCAGAACACCAAACACAGCUGUAUGAAGUCUACAAACUUGAUUUUUUAAUGUUCAAUUACUCCAUGCCUAGCUAUGUGAAGUUGGAAUGAGGUGUGCGGAGAGCCAGAAUGAAAGAGGAAUAAUGAAACCUGUUUUAUUUAAGAUUUUUAUUUGUCACGAUUACUUAUGAAGAAUGGGUUAUUUUGUAAGUUAAUAUUUGUUUUUUUUCUUUUUGAAUGAUGCUGCGAGCAGCAUAGUUGGAAAUUUAUUAUUUAAAUUGUCAGUAAGAAAGGACAGCUCUGUUUGCAGGGUAAGAAAAUUGCAGCAACUAGAAGUGCUACACUGUCAGGGGGUAUUUGUUCUUAAUGUCCCGAUAAAUUCCUUUCAUUUUGCAUUGCUUCAUCAGUCCUAGCCUUUAUGUUAUUUAUGCUUAUUUAAGGACACAUUAGAUCUUUUGCUAGAAGCUGAAAUAUGACACUGUGUGGACAAAGACAAAGGUUUUUUGUGCUCUCCCUGCUAGAAUUUGCUUCUCUUCCUAACGUCUGUUCAUGACUGGAUAUUUCUCAAGUGAUAAACAAUACAAAUAUAGAAGGCUGAGUUAAAGUUGCUCAGUGAAUACCUUUGACUUGCCAUUAUGAAAUUUGCUCCAUAACAAAACAAAACAAAAACCCACAGUCUGGAGCUGGGAAUUGCUUUCCUGUGAGGCCAUCAGUGAGCAAAAAGCAUCACAAGCUGCAGAAAAUUUCAAAGGAAUCGGGUUGCAAAGAGUUUGAUACUAAGCGUACAACAGGUUCUCCCAUUUAGGUGGCCCUCCAGGUUCUUAAACAGUGAUUCUCAACAAAUGUUUUGAACUUCAGCUCCCAGAAGUGGCCAAACAUUAGAGGUUUUGGAGGCUGAAGUCAAAAACAUUUGGAAGAUUAAUCGUUGGGAACCACAUGCUUUGGAAGAUUUCUAUAAAAUAGAAUAGCCUGAGAUGAAGCACCUGUAUCUCCAACGCUGAUAGCAAUCACUCUAAAAAAAGGAUUUUCUUGUACUGUUGUCCUUCCAGCCUUGGAAUGCAAAAGUUCACACACACUGUCUAAACUCUGGGAAGGAAAAAACAUGAAUGUAUAUUGCAACGAGAAACAUCUUUAAAACUCUGCUUUCUUGGAUGUGUUGUUUAUAACUUUUUAAAAUCUUUGCACUUGGAAUUUCCUUCUUUGGCACCAAGGUGAUCAUGUGACAAUGGAUGCAUUGCCAUUAUAAGCAGCAGCAGCCAGCAGUAAUGUUAUUCAGAAUUGCAGUGUGUGAGCUGAUUGAUCAGUAAGGCUGGGCAAAAUAUUUUGAAUGAAUUAAUAUAAAGGGAUCCCCUAGUUCAUUGGGGAACAGACUUUUAAAGAAUUGUUAGAAUUAAAAAUGUUUAAAUUUUUAGAUUAUUUUGGCAAAGUUUAGAGGGAGCAAGCAUCAUUUAAGGAAAGAGAAUUACAACAGGCCAUUCACUUUUACAGUGGUUGGGGUGCAUGAGUCAUGCAAAAGUGGAAAUACCACAUUUUUAAAAAUGCUGUAUUUAUUUACCUGAGAAAAUGUCUCUCUAGGAAUACCUAGGUUCUCCAGCAUGACUCUCAUAAUCAACAUCUGGUGGAAGUUGGCCACAGAGUUUUACUGCAAGACCUAGACAUUCCCAAAGAGAACGUAUUAAAUCUGUGAAAGUUAAACUCGCAAAUAUGGAGACGAAACAGUCUCCCUUCUCAUAUGGAACACUAAAGAUUGGUCAUUUCAGAAUCUAAAAAAACAUCCACAGCCCUGAUCUGGAUUCAGGUGAGCAUUAGAAUGGGCAGUUUAAACUCCCCUCACCAUUUUAACUAAAUAUUAGGGACAUGUGGUGGAAGGGUUAAAGAAAGUAAACAAUACCAUUGGCGCCAAUAGAUUUUGUUGCUGAUUUAAUAUCUCCCAUGUUGGAGUGAUGGGGGAGGAAUAAUUCAAAUUAGAACAAGAUCCUAAGGAGGCUUACAUCCGGCUCACCUGUUAACAUUCAUCCUGAUCUUAAUGGCAUAUAUUUUGAACUGAAAGCCAAGUGGGUGCAUUCCCCCAAAAGAGUGGAAUGAUUUGUACAUUUUAGGUUCUCAAUUACAUCAGGCUUUGUUAUAUGGUUAAAGAUAAAGGUUUCCCCUUGACAUUAAGUCUAGUCAAAUCAUGUCUGACUCUGGGGGG